UGUUUCUAAACAAAAAAUGUCAGACAUCAAAUGUAUAAAUGCUGGGAAACAAGAUAAUGAGUGUUCAGUUCUGUUUUAAAUUCCCUUCAGUAUGUUGCGCGCAUUUCUGUUGCUUUCUUUUGGGGCGUUAGCUCACGCCGCCUGCCAAGGUGAGGCCGAUGUGCUGCUGAUCCUCGACUCUUCUGGCAGUAUCGGUAAGGCCAACUACGACCUCCUGGCCAAAUUCUCCGCAGACCUGACCAGCAACUUCACCGUGGCUCCAGACGCCAUUCAGUUCGGCACCAUCAUCUUCAGCGACAGCGUGCAGAACAUCUUCAACUUCAACCAGUUCACCAACAACUCCCAGGUGGCCCAGGCCCUGCUGAAAAUCCCAUACCUGUCGCAGUCUACCCACACUGCCCAGGCCUUGGACUACGCCAGGACCAACUCCUUCACAGCUGCUCAAGGUGCCCGCCCCAACGCCGGUAAAAUCGCUGUGGUCAUCACGGACGGGAAUUCCCAGAAUGCGGCUGAGACUGCGGCGGCUGCAGCCAGGUUGAAGCAAAGCGGGGUGACGGUGAUUGCCGUGGGAGUGGGCAGCAGCAUCUCCCAGACUGAGCUCAAGGCCAUCGCCUCAGGCGACAGCAACGUCUUCAAUGUGAACAACUACAGCGUGCUAGACGCCAUCAGAGCCGGACUUGUCACUCAGGCCUGUGAAGCUGCUACCACUCAAGCCCCAACCCCUACAGUUCUGAAAGAAUGUGACAGAGAUGCGGACAUCCUCCUCAUCCUCGACUCCUCCACAAGUAUUGGCAGACCAAACUACGCCAGCCUGGCUAACUUCGCUGCCGAUCUGACUAGCAACUUCAAAGUCGGUCCCAGCCAAAUUCAGUUCAGCGCUCUGCUUUUCAGCAACACCGUCCACAACUUGUUUGACUUUAACCGCUACCAUACCAACGCUGAGAUUCAGCAGGCACUGAUCCACAUGCCAUACCUUUCGGGAUUCACUCACACUGCUGCCGCCUUGGACUACGCCAGGACGAACUCAUUCACUGCUGCUCACGGCUCAAGGACAAAUGUGGCCAAAAUCGCCAUUGUCAUUACCGACGGCAAUUCUCAAAAUCACUUCGAGACGGCGCAAGCUGCUGAAAGGUUAAAGAACAGUGGGGUCAAGGUCAUCGCUGUGGGAGUCGGCGGUUCGAUCUCCAACAAUGAGUUGCUGGCCAUCGCCUCCACACCUGCCGACAUCUUCAACGUGAACGACUACAGCGUCCUGGACGACAUCAAAGGAGAACUUUUGGUCAGCGCGUGCAAUGAUGCUGUGACAUUAGCAGCUACCAUCCCAGUUGAAACAGACGAAGGUACCGCUCACUGCGAGGGGGAGGCCGACAUUCUUCUCAUCCUCGACUCCUCCACCAGCAUCGGGAGAUCAAACUACGCCACUCUGGCCAACUUCGCCGCCGGCCUGACCAGGAACUUCCACAUCGGACCAGACGCCAUUCAGUUUGGCGCCGUCCUGUUCAGUGACAACAUCCGCAACCUUUUCGACCUGAACCACUUCCACACCAACGACGAAAUUUCACAGGCUUUAAUCCACAUGCCCUACCUGACUGGAUCAACCCACACCUCCCUGGCCCUGGAUUACGCUCACAACACGGCCUUCACUGCCCAGCACGGAUCCAGAAACAAUGUUGGAAAGAUAGCCAUUGUCAUCACUGACGGAAAUUCACAGAACCAUGCUCAGACGGCCCAAGCAGCAGAACGACUGAAGAACAGUGGUGUCAAGGUCAUUGCUGUGGGAGUCGGAAACAGCAUCUCGCGUGCAGAGCUGCUCGCCAUCGCCUCAGACGAGAAGGACAUCUUUAAUGUCAAUGACUACAGUGUGCUGAACGAGAUCAAGAACGCCCUGGUGACGUCUGCCUGCGAAGUUGCUACUACCACACCAGCUCCAACCACUACGACGACCACGACUACAACAACUACUACAACCACAAGGCCAACCACCACAACUUCACAGAUUGUCGUCUGCGAGAGUGCAGCAGACGUUUUGCUGAUCCUAGACUCCUCUGGAAGUAUUGGUAAAGACAAUUACGCCUUGCAGGCCAACUUCUCGGCUGAACUGGCGAAAAACUUUAAAAUUGGGCCCAACAACAUCCAGUUCAGUGCCAUUAUAUUUAGUACCACCGUGCAAGAGCUAUUCGACUUCCAGAAGUAUCACACUAACAACGAAAUAGCUCAGGCUCUUCUCAACAUGAAUUACAUGUCAGCAUCAACCCACACUGCGGAAGCACUAAACUACGCCAGGACCCAUUCCUUCACGCCUGCUGCUGGUUCCAGACCUAACGUGGGAAAAAUUGCUGUGGUGGUCACGGAUGGUAAUUCUCAAGAUGCUGCCGCAACCGCUACAGCAGCCACACAGUUAAAACAGUCCGGGGUCAAGGUCAUCGCCAUAGGUGUCGGCAGCAGCAUUUCCCAGGCCGAGCUCCAAGCCAUAGCCUCCACACCAGCAGACAUCUUCAACGUCAACGACUACAAAGUUCUGGAUGACAUCAGAGCCAACCUGGUCAACACGGCAUGCCACUCUAUUCCCGUGACCCAGGCCCCAGCUGCAUAGACCAGCUACACGGCCAUCAUUGUCCAUGUAAAUUGAUGAGCAUCAAGACUGUAUUGAAGAAAUAUCUUCACAAUAUUGAAAACUUUGCUUGAUUAUUUACUGCUUCCACAUGCAAGCCACACUUCGUGUAUAUGAACUAAUUUUAAUUUAAUUAAAAAAUUAUGGGAUAUUUGCAAAUAAAUUUCGUAUAUUUUGUA